UCAGAAAGAGAGGUAUUCAAAUCCUCCACCACAAAACCUGCGGCCCUCCUAAGGGCAGUCAGGGACGUUCCUUCCUCCUGACUUCCUGUCCACGGAACUCCCGCAGAGAAUCUGCGAUCCUUCCUCGAUUUUCUGUCUCCUCUUCCUGUUUCUUUCAGUGAUCCAGUCCCUCAUGGCUCAGCAGUGCUUCCACAGUGAAUAUUUUGACAGUCUGCUGCAUGCUUGCAAACCGUGUCACCUGCGAUGUUCCAACCCUCCUGCACCCUGUCAGCCUUACUGUGAUCCAAGCAUGACCAGUUCAGUGAGAAGGAUGGACACGGUGCUCUGGAUCUUCUUGGGGCUCACCUUGGUUCUGUCCUUGGCACUUUUCACACUCUCAAUCUUGCUGAGGAAGAUGAACCCUGAGGCCCUGAAGGACAAGCCUCAAAGCCCAGGAUCCAUUCAGCUGGCCCAGGGCGACACAGAGCUGACUAGGAGCAGGGCUGGCGAUGAGAGGACGCUUCCCCGAAGCCUGGAAUAUACAGUGGAAGAGUGCAUCUGUGAGGACUGUGUCACGAGCAACCCCAAGGGGGAUUCUGACCAUUUCUUCCCGCUUCCAGCCAUGGAGGAGGGGGCAACCAUUCUUGUCACCACGAAAACAAGUGAUUACGGCAAUUCAAGUGUGCCAACUGCUUUGCAAAGUGUCAUGGGGAUGGAGAAGCCAACUCACACUAGAUAAUGAGCUUUCUAACUGGUGUGAAGCUGCUUUGAGAACCUUUUGUCAGGAGAGCUGAUGCUUUAGAUGUCUUUAGAAUGACCAUUUAUCAACCACGAAUACAGCUUUUUGUCCUUUAAUUCUGGUUUUAUAGUUAACAUUUUGUUUAUUUAUUUUUAUUUUGUGUGCAUUGGUUGUUUUGUCUGCAUGUAGAUGUGAGGGUGUCAGAUCUUGG